UAGUCAGGGGAAAACAGGGUCCAUUUGCCUAGAGGUACUUCGGUCUGACUGGUCACAAAUGACACACCCCACAGGAGGGGGGAGUGGCAAUCACCUGGCAAGAGGCAUAGAUUUGGAGGCUGCAGGCAGCCUUUUCUUUUGUCCACUGUGGGCCUAAAAAGAGAAACAUCCUCCUGUGGACCCCAGGCCCAUCGCUGAGAGCCCAAGCCUCUGCAUCCCUCCCGCUGCUGGGUCCACGCAGCCGCAGUCAUGGAUAGGUUCCGGAUGCUCUUCCAGCACCUACAGUCCAGCUCGGAGUCCGUGAUGAAUGGCAUCUGCCUUCUGCUGGCUGCCGUCACAGUCAAGAUGUACUCCUCCUUCGACUUCAACUGCCCCUGCCUUGCGCGCUACAAUGCCCUCUAUGGCCUGGGCCUGCUGCUCACACCUCCUCUGGCCCUCUUUCUCUGUGGUCUCUUGGUCAACAGGCAAUCCGUGGUGAUGGUGGAGGAAUGGCGCCGGCCAGCAGGACAUCGGAAGAAGGACCUGGGCAUCAUCAGGUACAUGUGUUCCUCCGUGCUGCAGCGAGCUCUAGCAGCACCCCUGGUCUGGAUCCUGCUGGCCCUCCUCGACGGGAAGUGUUUCGUGUGUGCCUUCAGCAACUCCGUUGACCCAGAGAAGUUUCUGGAUUUUGCCAACAUGACCCCCAGCCAGGUACAGCUCUUCCUAGCCAAGGUGCCCUGUAAGGAGGAUGAGAUGGUUAAAGACAGCCCUGCACGCAAGGCUGUGUCCCGAUACCUGCGGUGCCUGUCACAGGCCAUCGGCUGGAGCAUUACCUUGCUGUUGAUAGUGGUGGCCUUCCUAGCCCGCUGCCUGAGACCCUGCUUCGACCAGACCGUCUUUCUACAGCGCAGAUACUGGAGCAACUAUGUGGACCUGGAACAGAAGCUUUUUGAUGAGACGUGCUGUGAGCAUGCGCGGGACUUCGCGCACCGCUGUGUGCUGCACUUCUUUUCGAGCAUGCAGAGUGAGCUGAGAGCUUUUGGGUUACGUCGGGACCCAGCAGGUGGAAUUUCAGAGUCACAGGAACCCCCAGAGCCUCCAGAGGACCUGGAUGGUGGAAGCGGGAAGGCUCACCUGCGUGCUAUCUCCAGUCGGGAACAGGUGGAUCACCUCCUAAGUACCUGGUACUCCCGCAAGCCGCCACUUGACCUUACAGCAUCCCCCAGGCUCUGGGGGCCUGGUCUCAAUCACCGUGCCCCUGUAGCUGCUCCAGGUACCAAGCUGUGCCACCAGGUUGAUGUGUAGGAAUCUUGCUAGGCUCCAACAGAGGCAGUUUUCCCAUGUCAAGUCCCCAUAUUGAUAUGGGUCUGGAAGCCAGCCUGCCCUGUUGAUCUCCUUCCCAGAAAGCCCAGUAUCUGCCUAGCUUCUGGGUAUGUCCUCCUCUGUUGGACCAGUUCCUCUGGGCCCGAUGAAGUUUAGAUUCUGAUUUAGCGCACUCAGGACCGAGUCCCUGAAUUUUUCCAUCCGUCCUUCCUUCCUUCCUUCCUUCCUUCCUUCCUUCCUCCCUUUCUUUCUUCCUUCCUUCCUCUCCCUUUUCCUCCCUUUCUCCCUUCUCGUUUCCUUCUUUCCUUGCCCCCCCAAUUUCUUUUUGAGGAAGAGUCGCACUUCCGCUGUCUAGCUGAAGAGCUUGAACUCCAGGCCUGGACUGCAUGGCUAUCCUUCUGCCUCAGGAGCCUUUAGUGGUAGGGUUACAGGUGCGAGCCAUCAUUCCCUGCUUUCUGGAAUCUCAUCUAACAAGCCCCAACGCCAUGCCCUUCUUCUGGUCAGUGGACCAAACUUUGAGUAGUCACAGUUUGAAUAAACCUGUUGUGGAUA